GCUCAGUCGAGAAUCCAGGGACAGAGGAGACUUGGAAAUCAUGGCUUCCACUACGGUGCUUCUGCUUCAGCUGCUCUUGGUCUCACUGGCUGCAGCUUCACAUCACUAUGGGGGAUCGGAGACCUACACCUACAAAGGAAGAAACCCUGAUGGAUCAUUCAGGGUGGACAUUCGCAGCAGAUCAACAUUCAGAGGAGGGUGUGGCAGGUACUACUACCCGUACUGUAGAGGCUCCUCCUGCGCCACCAUCACAGCGACAGGUACAAUUGACCGUAGCAGCCAGUGGUGUGAAACUGAAACACUCAGUACAAUGAAUGUCACGAGUGACAGACCCCUCUCAAGAAGUACACAUGGCUGUUGUUGGGUCCAGACACGCAAUAGCGUUUUUAGCUGGAAUCUCAUGACGUACAUGAAUUUGGGGACGAGAUCUGACACCAGGCAACCAAACAGAUCACCAGACACUGCCAUUCUACCUCACCUCCGAGUUCCUCACAACUGUCCACGAACAUACAACAUCAUGGCCUUUGAUCCUGAUGGCGACAGAGUUCGAUGCCAAUAUUCCAGAAAUAACCAACCUCAGGGUUUCCACUUAGACCAGAACUCUUGCAAGUUGUACUACAACAGUACCACUCCGAGUAGCACCGCUUUUGGAUUUGAGCUAGAGCUGGAAGAUCACCCUCAACGCCACAUCACUCUGAUCUACACUGGUGGACAUACAAUCACCGUACCUCCACUGAGUUUGAGGAGGAGAAAGAGAGCAGCUACCAACACCACAUAUGCUACAACCACAGCUGCUACAACAACCACCACAGCUGUUACAACCACCACAGCUGCUACCACCACACCUGCUACAACCACCACAGCUGCUACCUGCUAACCACCACAGCUGCUCCAACCACCACCACACAUGCUCCAACCACCGCAUUGUGGUGGUGGUUGUGGGACACGUCAACCACCACACGUGCUACAAC